GUGAAACUUGCCUAUCUUUUUUCUACUCAUCAUACAUACAAAUACAAUUGCUUCCGAAAAGAAAAAAAAAAGAUAAUUAAAAUGAAAAGACACUACACGACCAAUCCAUCAUUCUUAAACUAAUAAAGAACAUAAUAACAUUCACACUUCACUUGAUUUCUAUGUCACUAAAUUAAUACCCACUUGAGACUUCAGAGACAAAAACCUCACAUUCAAAAUCUUUAACUCUUAACCUCACUUCUUAAAACCUUAGCCCAAUACUCACUCACUAACAUCAUGUCAUUUCAACAAGUUCCAGAUUUACAUAGAAUAAUAUUGCAAGAUAAGAAACUUAGGGUUCCAAAGAAAUAUGUGGAGAAAUAUUGGAAAGGAAUAUCAAACCCUAUAUUCCUUAAAUUUCCAAAUGGUAUUCAACAAGAAAUAUUUUGGGUGGAGAGAAAUGGUGAUAUUUGGUUUCAAAAGAAUUGGGAAAGUUUUGCUAAGUCUCUGAAAUAUGGAUAUCUCUUAACUUUCAAAUUCAUUGGUGGAUCAUACUUUAAGGUUAAGAUAUUUGGUGCCAAUACUUUAGAAAUAAACUAUGCAAAUAUCAAAUAUGUUGAUGAAGGUGCUAAAGCCACAGAAGAAGGUAAAGGAAGUGAUGAAUCAAGUGAUGCUGAAGCCACUGAAAAAGGUGAAGAAAAUGACGAAUCAUGUGAUGAAGCUAGUGAUGAGAGUGUUGAAAUGCCAAAGCAAGCUCAAAGAAAUGGCAAGAGAAAAGUAAGUAUGGAUUUUGACACCACCCAACAAAAACUCUCAGGUAGUAACAAAGUAGCAAUGGUGAAGAAGGCUAGAAAAUACCAAACAUCUGAAGCUGUUAAUGAGAAUCCCUUUUUUGAAAUUACAAUGACACAAUCUUACGCCAAUGGCUAUCACUUGUGGUUACCAUGUGAGUUUUCAAGAGAACACUUGAACGAUUUUAAAGGGACUGCAACAGUAAGGGUUGGUAAAGAAAGGACUGUGAAAUUGAGUUUGAGGUAUUAUGGUACCAAGAAAAAACAUGGUAUAAGUGGUGGAUGGAAAUUAUUCAGACAAAAAUAUAAUUUGAAAGUUGAUGAUGUUUGUAAAUUUGAGAUGAUUGGACGAAGACCAGUUUCAUUCAAUGUUACUAUUACUUGUGCCAAAAACGAACCAAACCCAAAGAAAUUACCAGGUCAUAAAAAAGGGGUCUCUUGUGGUAAUAGUGUUGUAAAGAAGGAACACAUUGGAGGAACUUCUAGGAGCCAUCCAAAAGUAAAGGAAGGUCCUGAUGUGAUGAAGCAUAACACAUUCAAGGUUAUGGUGAAGAACAAUGCCCCGAGUGUACCAAAGGAGUUUAUGAAAAGGGGAUGUAAUGAAAAUAUCGUGGAAUUGAAAAUGGGGGGAAAGUCAUGGUACGUAAAAGUGAACUAUUAUGAUAGUAUUUGUGGCUGUAGGUUCGGUAAAGGUUGGAGACAAUUUAUGAAAGCAUGCAAAGUGGAGAUUGGAGAUAUUUGUCUCUUUAAGUUGAUUGAUGAGAGAAUUUUUUUGUUUGAUGUUUCAAUUGUUGGAAAGAAUCCAUUAGCUAUGCUUCUUUAAGGUACUAGUAACUAGAAUAUGUCUAGUUGAACAUUUAUUUGCUUUGCCCUUUCAAGUGCUGAAUAUUUAGUUCUACAAUAUUAAGCAAUGUAUUUUGGUAUUGUAAACAUUUGUAUUUGAUUUGAACCUAAGAAGUAUA